AUGGAACAACAACUACCAGAGGUUACGGUAAUACUCUUGGAUGGAUCCAAGAAUAUGUUAUCAUCAUCAAAUCAAUUAGAAACAAAAUUUGAUAGUUCAAGAUAUUUAAUCUUACAUUAUUUACAAAAGUGCAAAUGGAAUACAUUAUCUGUGAUAUCAUUCGCUUCUGAAUGUCAAAUUUUACACAGUUUUACCAAAAAUCAUGAUUCGUUAAUCAUGACGAUAAACGAAUGGAAAUUUACACCCGAAGAUUCCAACCGAGAAAUGAAGGCAGCGUGCGAAUUCGUUGAACAAUAUGUUACAAAUACAUUCGGUCCGGAUCAAGUGUGUCAGAUAAUAAUUUUAACGGAUGGGAGUUCUCCACAAGGACGAGAUCUUUCAGAGGAGGACGGGUCUCGACCGAUACAAUUUCGUAAUCCAUUAUGGAAAUUACAUUUAAUCUGUUUAUCUGAUGCGAUAACAAAAAGUGAACAUACACAAUCAAAGUCACGAAUUCUUGAAGAAUAUAAGAAAUUGUUAAAUCGUCGAAUUCCUCAAAGAAUCACAAAAAAUCAUCCAAAAGGCGUCUAUACACUUGAAAAGGAAGUCUUGCCAAGUAGAGGAUUACUUUUGUGCGGACAAUUACGUUUUCCUAUUAAAGUAUAUCCUGUACUCCCUGAUGUAGACUACGUUCAUGAAAUGACAAAGACAUUGUCCAUUGUUGCAUUUAAAUCAAAGGAAAAAUUUCUUAUAGAACCAUCUAUUCUUCGACUAUGGAUAUUUAUCGAUGAAGAAUAUGGCGACAAAAAAGAGGAGGAUAAACCUUUACAAAAUCAUUCUGAAUUUUUUCCUGUAUUAGGGGAAUGUCUCAGAAAAGAAAAUCGUGUCGCGAUAGUUUGGAUGAAAGGUGAUAAUUACGCUACAAUCGAACCUCCUCCGAUUACAGAUGAUCAAGAUCCCAAUGAGCAAGGUUCAUUUAUGUACUUCACCAUAUAUAAAUCUGAAAAAGGAAAUAAUUUGUUAUCAAAAUCGUCAUCGUCAUCUUCAAUAACGCAACCACCGAAAAGCUAUGUUUCCGGAUAUAUAGAUUUACCAACGCCCGAGCAUGUUGAGAGUUUGUUAAAUAAGAUGUCGCGCUAUCUCAUAAAUUUACCUGAUGACGCUCUGAAAUUAAAGAACGUGGUUCAACAAAUGCAACAGAUUAUAGAGAUCUUUAGUUACAGACCACUCAAAGAGCAAGUUAUCGAUAGGUUACAUGAUGUCAGGAUUCAAACUGUGGAGGCUGAUAUUAGACAAAUACUUGCCGAGUGCUUAUUAAUGUUAGGCGAAGACAUAGUAUCUGAAAACGAUGAGGAUGAUCAGUUUAUUUAUUAUGAAGAUUCUGAACAGAGAGAGGAAGAUGAUAAUGAAGAUGAUGAUAAUAUUAAUAACCAAGUAAUAAUGAUUAUAAAUUUACCGAGAAGUGAAGGCGGAUACUUGGCAUAUUGGAUGUUAUUUGUUUCAAUUUUAGCAAUAUUUAAUACAAUUCAAAAUUUUCUUACGCUUUCUUUAACGAAGAGAGUUUAUUCUGCAAGACCCAAUCAAGUCACGAAGUUAACGUCAAGAACAUUUGCAACAUGGACGUUCUUAUCAGCUAUCGUACGAAUAUAUGCAGCAUACAAUAUAACUGAUGUAAAGACUGCAACAAUCAGUGCAGGAUGGAUAUCCCCAAUUAUAAUUGCAA